AUGGACAAACGAAAAAGAAAACCUAUUCGUUCUGAUUUCGCGGAAAAGAACCCCACGAAGGCACCUGAACUGAAAGAAUUGUUUAAUAGUCAGAAAGAUAAUCGCGGUAUAUGGGAUAAAGAACAAUUAGACAAAGUAAUGCAAAUUUUACUCGCUGGUCCUCCAGACAGAGAAGAUGGACCCAAAACUUACAAUACUUACUAUCAUUAUGUGAAUAGGUAUGAAAUAUUGCAAAUCGAAAAUGAAUGUCACGUGUCAAAUGAAAAAUGGUACCUUGCAAGAAAAUUUAGAUUAACUGCUAGCAGCUUCGGUGCUAUUAUUGCAGCAUGCAGGAGAAACAGAUUCUCAUUUAAUUUGACCUACAUUUUUUAUUAUAAUCAAUUCAUAAUUUAUCCAGGUGAAUACAAUUUGGAUGGUAUCAAAGCAAUCCAGUGGGAUAGAACUCAUGAAAUAGAUGCUCUAGAUAAUUUGAAGCAGAUGUAUAAUUUAAAUGUUCAGCCAACUGGAGUACGGCUUACAAAUUCAGGACUUCUUGGUGCUAGCCCUGAUGGAAUAAUUGAUGAAGAAGCCAUUGUAGAAGUGAAAUGCCCAUAUUCUUUCAGAAAUGAUAAGUUGUCUGAAAAAUUG